GUUCUACUACAAUAUACCGUAAUCUGUGCAAGAGAAUUCAACCAUAUGCCUUCGUAGUGCAUUCGCAGUUUUUCUCCGAAAACUUGUUGUGUGGGAUCGUUGUGCUAAUUGAAUAAAAUUGAUUUUUUUCACUUAAACUUUCUGCUUAAAAUGUGGCAAACUAUUUGCAAUAGAAAAAUGCGAUUAUUUUUAACUUUCUCCGAGUAUUGUAUAUGAGAAGUGUACGAAAUCUGUGAAAAAUGAAUAGUUUACAAAGUGAACAGAUGGAAGAAAUAUUCGAUGCGGAUUCCAGCGUACUUGCGAAAUCUGCUGCAGACAACAAAGACAACCGUGUUUGUGCCCUGUCACUUGUGGAGGUAGCAGCAAAUAAGCACAAAUAUGUGGGGGAUGAUUACAGGGACGAAGGUCAACAACUUGACGAGGAGGAAACGAUUUUUCUUGAACGUCGUUGCAACAGUCAAUGUAGCGUAAGCAAUGCAGCUGAGACUCCGAUAGAGGCGACAACCCCCAUCUCACCCACCUCACCAACCUCUACACCCUCACCAACUAGCGCACAAUCAACCCCUUACACAAACAAGCCCACGGCAUAUGCGUGUAUGCAAAAUCAACUAGAAAGGGAGGAUGAAGAAGAAGAAGUAGAGGUAGAGGUAGAAAACACCACAGUGGAAUCAACACGAACCGAUAUAGCAAAUACUGACCACCAUGUGUUUGAAGCAUGCAAGGAAACGAAUGCUAUUUUCGGUGAUGAUACUUUGUUGCCCUCGGAGCAUUACGAUAACACAUCCCCUCAUCCGCUUAGUGAACGUUGGUCUCCUCUAGGCGCGAACUAUGACGAUGCAAUGAGUCCUACUUCUGAAUUGCUGAGUCCCGAAUCCGAAUUAGAACUUUUGAGUUCCGAUAGUCAGGAUAAGCAGGAGUUGUUGCGUAAUGAUUCCAACGAAUUGGGACGCUUAAGAAAUAUGGAAGAGGAACAGGAGCUGUUAACUACUUCUCUGAUGGCAUUGACUUCGCAUUUUGCCCAUGUUCAAUUAAGGGUGCGACAAAUUGUGGAGGCGCCUUCACACGAACGAGAUCAGCUACUGAAGGAUUUGGAGGAAUUUGCGUUUCGCGGCAUACCGGAACCAAUAGUGCCCGGCUCAGCAGGCGAUAUGAAUCCUGACGCAUCCUCCCUUGCACAGCCUGACGAUGAAGCGGUGCGACAACGACAAUUUGAACUGAUUGAACAUCUGAAAUCGCAACUAAGUGAAUUAGAAAAACUGGCGUAUGAAUCGGGAGCGCCGGUUUUGCCCCAACACAUCUUACUUGAGAAGCAGAAGAUAAUCAUUGACGAGCUUAAAAACAAAUUGAAUUUGCAAGUUGACGAGCGCGAUUUGCCCGAGCUGAGUUCCGAAGAGUUGAAGAAUCAUGUAGACAAUGCCAUCGGCGAAUUUGUAGGCCCACUGCGAAUGAAGGAGCAAUUGGUGGCUCAAUUGAAAACACAAAUAACUGAUCUCGAACGUUUCAUUGCCUUUUUGCAAUGCGACACGGAGGAUUCGAAGAUGAAGACUCUCAAUGGUAGUGAGAAAUUAAAUGAACCCUACAAUAGUUAUGCUGCCAAGAAGAAGGGAGAAAAGGUGCGAAAACUGCAUUUGAAGCCACAGCAGGACGUAACAGAAGAUACUCUCAAUGCUUUGCAUCCAAAUACAAGUCGAAAUGCCGCACAACAAAGUCAUGGUGAGACUUUGAACAGUAAGGCACAUAGUUUGUUGGAUAAGGCUUCCUUGUUGAUGCAAAUGUUUGCCACUACACAUUUUGGCGCCAAAGCUGAUCAAUUCCAGAAGAAUACGCUGAAGAAAACAUCAAAGGGCAAUCACUGGGGUGAUUUACGCGCUCAGCUCGAAGUCGACAUACAGGAGGUGGCUUCACUGGCAGCUACACUCAGUUUCGAUCGUGAAAAGUUGGCCAACAUGAAGCGCGCACUGAAGAACUCAAAUCGCAAUGUUAGCGCCUCCUUAGCAUUGAGCGCUCACAAUGGCACCGUCACUAUACCGCCCCGUGCGCGUCCACGUGCCACAACAACAACAAAUCGCAAAGAUCUUAAGACAUACACCGUGUCCUCCGAUUCGGAUGAGGACACCUACGAUUGUUAUGCUUGGGAGCGUAAUCAGUGGCGUAAGUCGCAUGGUUCGCGUUAUAAUGGCGGCGACUCAAUUGCAACGAUAAGUAAGGAGUUGACGACAGCGGUGCGCAAGAACUUUUCCAUGACACUCUUGCGGCUCAUACAACAUGGACUGCGUGUGGAAACCGAAUCGGCUACUUCCAGUCUAAUUGUGCCAUUCAUGCGCUGCCUCCAUCCGUCCCCAGUUUUUGCCGCUGAGCAGGGUUAUCGCACACGAGACGCAACUACCACUUCAUCCUUUGUUUCUUCGGCGGCCUUCUCUUCCACCUACAAUGCCAAUUACACGGGCAACGAUUGCGACGAGGAGAGCACAAGUGGAUUCUUUGGCACGGGUGGCAGUCGACCGAUGCAUGCGUGGGAACUCAUUUUGGAAUAUUACUAUCUGAAGAAUGGCGACGAAUUUAAUAAUACACCGGCACGAAAACUUUCGCAAAGUUUCAAUUUGGAUAUUGUGGACUCGCAAGCGGUGACGGCGAAGCAGGGUUUCCUCAGUGCGGUGGGCAUGAUAAUUGCCAUGCAUCGGCCCUACAAACGCAGCUACAAUGCACAUUUCAAGGCUUUUGUUUGUGCAGGACUGAACUGUCAUCAGUUGGUUGAGUGGUUGAAUUUAAUAUUUAGCUGCACCGAUUUGGUAGACACUUACUACACCGCCAACAGCUAUGUGGCACGCACUGGUUUUCGUGACUCGUUGCGUUCAAUUGAUGCGCUCACCAAAUACGAUUUUGAUUUGCCUGUAGAUUUGGCAAUUCGACAUUUUCGAAAUCUUUAAUUAGUCAGCGUAAUUAAGUAAGCACAGUGGAUGCCCAAAGUGUAUAUAUACCUACAUACAUACAUAUUACGGAGUCCACAAGUCAACUAAUUUCAUAUCCUAACAUAAAAAAGAAGGCAAAACCCAAUGUACUUAUACGAGUUAAUGCAAACUAAUCGAAUUUCUUCCAAAUUAGUGUGCGCAUUUAUUGAUGUGUUGCUCAAGUAUUCGUAUGCUAUAGUUCGAAUAUUUGUGUAUGUCAGUGUGUAAUUUAUGCUUUCAUAUGUCGUUUAGUAUUGAAAGGCACCAAACUCUAGUCCAUUUUUAUUCUAGUCUAAUACUACUCUAUGUAUGGUAAUAUUUAUGUAACUAUGUAUUAAAUAACCAACUAAUGCCUAAGUAGCGAUAAAACAAACUCUAAUCUAUGCAACUCAUGCCUUUACUUUUAUGUACAUAGAUAAAACUUGGCUAAGAAUAAUUGGUGUACAGUGUGCUUUUCCUCUCGGCUUGCUUGCUCUCAAAUAUUUUGAGCGUUGAGGUUUUAACUUCAUUUCGUUUGAAUGAAAUUGUUCGAAUUUAAAAAAAAAACAAAAAACUUGCAUUGUUACGACGCACGAACUGCAACUUUUUGAAUUGUGUACUGAAAAUAUUGUAUUAUUAUGCAUAAUACACAACAUAUCGCACCCUAAAUACAAAAGGGUCACAACUCAAAAUUUUCCACACUCGAGCUUGGUUGUUUACAGUAGCACAGAAAACAAACUAUGUGACAUAUCACGCUGAAAUUUGCCAUGUACCAAAAAACAAAAAAUUUAUUUUUGCCAUAUGUCAUCCGCGGACCGUUUUAUUGAUAACGUCUCGUUCAUGUUUGAGCAGAAGGUACAUUUUGAGUUGUGACCCUUUUGUAUUUAGGGUGCGAUAUAUACAUACACACAUUUUGUCAAAGAAGUACGGGGAAUUGUUCCAUAAAACGCAGAAUAAUUGUUUAAUCAUCAAAAUUUAUUUUGUCGCCUUCAAAAUAGGCUCCAUUCGAAGCACUACCCAUGUGCUAACGAUUAGUUCAGUCAUCAAAGCACCUUUCAAAUGCAUUUGAAGAGAUCUUCUUCAGCUCCUUCAGCGAAUUCUCCUUAAUGGCCUCUAUCGACUCAAAGCGGCGUACGCGGAGUGGCAAUUUAAGUUUUGGGAAAAGGAAAAAGUCACAGGGCACUAAAGCCGGUGAAUACGGUGGUUGUUCGAUGAUAUUUGUCGAGUUUUUGGUCAAAAAAGUGUUCACAAAAUGAGUCUUGUGAGACGGUGCGUUGUUAUGGGGCAAGAUCCAUGAGUUUUAUUUGCUCAAAUUGGGCCAUUUCGUUGCGAAUUCUCUCUCAAACAUCGCAUAACUUCCAAAUAAUAUUCUUUAUUUGCCGUAGCACCAUUAGGAACGAAUUCCGAGUGCACAACAUCAUAAUAAUCAAAGAAAACGAUUAGCACGACUUCCACUUUUGACCUACUUUGACGUGGUUUUUUGGGUUUCGGCUCAUGUAGACAGCGUAAUUCAGCCGCCUGGUUGCAUGUUGACUGGCUUGCAUGUCAAACUCAUAUACCCACGUCUCAUCACCUGUUAUGAUGCGCUGGAUAAACGUUGGGUCCGAAUUCACUUGCUCAAGCAUGUCGUCAGCCACAUUCUUCCAAUGAAUUUUUUGAAAGAAAUUUAACUCUCUUCGAAGGAGUCGAGCAGCCACGCAUCUCAUGCCCAAUUGUUGGUGUAAAAUGUUGCGAAUUGAUUCGUGAGACCCGCUAAGGUCACGAGCUACCUCCCUCAAACUUAAAUGGUGGUUCCCCAGCACCAUUUACUUGACUUUGUCGACGUUUUCAUCCGUUGAAGACGUUGAUGGACGACCAGAUCAGGGCAAAUCUUCCACGACUACUACAUCUCGGCCCUCUGCAAAAGCCUUAUGCCACUCGUAGACCCGUGUUUUUGAUAAAGCACCCUCGCCAUAGGCUUUCUGCAACAUUUUCAACUAUUCGGCACACGAAAUCCCGUUCAAAACGCAAAAUUGAAGACAAAUACUCUGACCGAUAUUGUUAUCCAUAGUGAAAAUCGCAGAGCACACCUGCGGUUGACUAAUAUAAUUAAAUGCCAAAAACAAGCUAAUUGACAGAUCACCCUCAAACUCUGUGACAUUAUAGAGGACAGUUGUACCAGCAUUCUAGCAAAAAAGAUUUAGACAUAUUUGCAACACGCGCUUUUUAAAUGACAGGAUAUAUGAAUACGGCGGCCGCCGUAGCCGAAUGGGUUGGUGCGCGACUACCAUUCGCAAUUCACAGAGAGAACGUCGGUUCGAAUCUCGAUGAAACACCAAAAUUAAGAAAAACAUUUUUCUAAUAUCGGUCGCCCCUCGGCAGGCAAUGGCAAACCUCCGAGUGUAUUUCUGCCAUGCGCUCAAAUUCCAAAAGUCAAAGUUUUGGCUUCAAUUUGCUUGCAUUUAGUUUUCCUGUAAAGACGAAAUACCUGCACAAAUACUUGCAACUGAGUAAGAUGAAGAUAAAAAUUAGUAAUAGGAGAAACUUGCCCACAUUUUUAACUGGCCAGGUAGUAGUCACCAACAACUAUGGCAACUUAUUUCAACUUCAGCGUGAGCACUUUAAUCUCAGCGUAAAGCACACUGUACAAAUUUUUCGUGCAUCAUUCAUAAAAAUAAUCUUGAUAUGAAUAUCAUUAGAUGUGAAUAGGCUUUGGUGUUAUUAAAAAUAUAAAUAUUUUUUGGUUACUUGCUUAAGCAAUAAUUUUAAUUCUUAUGCACAGUCAAGCCUGGGUAAGCGCGCCAAAAUCCAGAAGAUAUUAAGUUUCACGCUGAGUUGAUUGAAUCCUUGAAAUUUCUAUAGUGCCAUUCUGGUGCAAAAAUAAAUAGCUCUGAAUCUAACUACGACUACUGCUUGUUCUACACGUCUAGGAGUAUAAAUUUCACAGCAGUGAAAUUUCGUUAGCAACAUGUACCAAGCCGAGAAAUGUUGCUAGCAAAUCGAGAAAUGUUGCUAGCAAACCAAGUACAUGUUGCUAGCAAUAUUGCUUGUUAAAUGAGAAGAAACGUCAAAUUUCUGCGCAAUGGCCCAGAAAAAAUUGUCAAAUUUUAGUAAGAAAAGAGUUUUUAAACAAAUUAGUACACAUAAAUAUUGACACAAAAAUAUCAAGAAGAUUUACUUAUACUUUUUGCGAAGGCGUUUCGCUUAAAAAUGCGAUGUCACCGGAGUACUUGAACUCAGGUACUUCACUCGUAAGCAAAUUGUCAGUUUUCGCUAAAUUUUAAAUGGCAGAUAAAGGGAGUCUCCCCAGAAGAGGAGGAGGGAUUGUUUUAGUGGCUACACCAGUCGACGCAGUAAGUGCGAAGGUAUUUUGAACCCUCCUCACCCUCCACAAAAAGAAAAAAAAAACAAAGUGGCAUGUAUUUGUGAUACAUUUUAAAUUUGGGGUGAAAAAAUGUUGCUGGAAUUUUAUGCGGUGUUUUCACGGCGUGAACUGAGUGCUACUUUGCCGUGACAUACAUACGAAAUUUCCCGGUCAUGCAAUUUGGAAGGAUUUGAACAGCCAUUUCGUGAAACGCGAACUUAGUACUAAGCUUAAGUGAUAAAAAAUAAAAUUCCAAGUAGUAGAAAUGGUCCUGGAUGCAUUGAACUCUCCCUUAUGCAGGUUUGACUUUGAAUUCGUAUUAAAAUGCUUAUAAAGAGUGGUUAAGUUUCAAGGGCCGGUGUUGAUUUUGAAUCAAAUACAAUUUUUUUAGGAAAUUAUUAUCAUUUCUCUAUACUAUGAUCAUAUUGAUAUGGCUCAAUUACGUAUGGAACAAAAUAUAGGCCAAAAGCCGCCGCGGCCUCGGCGACACACCUCCAUCCGAUGGUCCAAAUUUUCGAUGACACUGAGGCAUAAUUGAGGUUCUAUGCCGUUAGUGUGCCGAAUUAUCCCAUCCUUUAGCUCUUGAAUUGUUGCUGGCUUAUCAACGUACACCUUUUCUUUCAAAUAACCACAAAGAAAGAAGUCCAGUCGUUGACGUUUAGGUGUGGUUCACAUUCAACAUCGGCCCUUGAAAUUGAACCACCCUUUACAUAAAUAAAUAGACAAGUCCAUGAAAAUAACCUUUCUUAAGUUUUCAAAGUCAGAAAAUUUAUAAAUAAGACAGUUAGUUUUCAUUAAAAAAAAAAAACAAUAAAAUUAAACGCAUGUAAAUGUAUGCAGUAUACAAAUUCACGUUUCUCAGCUAAAGGGUUUUCCAAUAAGAGGUGUUAUUUUGAUAUUCAAAGAAAAAGGCUAUUUUUUAAUAUAAAUGUCGGAUGUUUAUUUCAUUAUAAAGAGGAGAUUCCACUAUGCCGUUAAUAGCGGAAAAUAACAUCAGACAAAUUACCACCACGACCACGCUUUCAGGACAAUAUCCUUUUCAUGAAAUUUUCCAUAACCGAAUUGCAAAUCGGCUGCCCUAUGCCCUCAAUAGCCUCACAAAUUCCGUCUUUGAGGUCUUGAAUCGACCCUGGGCUGUUGGCGUAGACCUUCUCUUUCACGUAGCCCUAAAGAAAAAAGUCACAAGGCGUUAAAUCACAAGGUUUCGGUGGCCAAUUGUGAUCACCUCUUCGAUCGUUCGUUUCGUUGCUUGUGGGACACGUAGCGCUGUCUUGUUGAAAAUAAACGUAGUUCAGAUGUAUUGAUCCAGAUGUAUUGAUUCAAUUCUGGCCACAAAAAAUCGUUAAUCAUCUCUCGAUAGCGCAAUCCAUUCACCUGUAACACCUGUUAUUGGAAAACCCUUUAUAAAUACAUACAUACAUCUGUAAUAUGAUAGUACUUACUGUGCAUACUCAGCCAUUUUUUGAGAAAAUUCAUGUCUACUUUCAUUUCUGCCUCUCACUACUUAGUAAAAGCUGUAAGUAAUAUAUUUAGAUAAUAUAACAUACAUAUAUACAUAUACAUAUAUAUUCAUAUAUGUACACAUGCAUAUGUUAUGAGUAAGUAUGUAUUAUAUUAUAGUGUAAAUGCAUAAUAAAAAAAUGCAACAAAUAAACUUCGGUAACAGAAGCAUAACUUGAAAUUUGAUAGUGAAUUUCUGUCACCUCUUUGAGCGUACAGCGAACACCUUUUAGUGUUAAUAUGGCAUGUGAUUUAUAAAGGAGCCAGUC